AGCCUUGUUGGCUGAAACUAGCAGAGUCGCCGGAGCAGAUUAACCGGUCGGGAUCCGUGCCUUCACCGGCCUCCGCGGACGCGGGCGAGCGACUGGGCAGCUGAUCGACUGUGAGGGGCUUCGCCGCACUCCCGAGGAACCGGGAUUUGCUCACUCGAGUCAGGUGAACAUUAUAAUGCACUGAGGCUCCAGAAGAUAAAUCAAAACAAGAUCAAGUGUUGAGCUGACCUGCUCCGACCAUGUCAGAGGGCUGGGAGGACUGCCCAGUGCUGCCGGUGGGCUGGAAACGGCGUGAGGUGUUCCGAAGAUCUGGAGCCACCAUCGGAAAGUCAGACACCUACUACAUGAGUCCCACAGCAGAGCGAUUCCGCAGUAAGGUGGAGCUGGUGAAAUACUUCGGGGACUCGCUGGACUUGACGUACUUCGAUUUCAAGAAGGGGAUCAUCUUGCCACCGCACACAAAGAUCCGAAAAUCCGUGAAAAGGUCCAGCACCUCGUCCUGUGACAGGGAGGAAGAUGACUGGCAGCCGACUCCCAAGAAGAAGGUCAAGGUGACAGCCUCCCCAAGUCCCAUUGAGGUCAGUGUGGCAAAGGCGAGUGCCACUGAGGGACUGGCAUCUGACCCCUUGGACACUCUGAUCGCCUGCUGUGAAGAUUGCCAGCAAUGGGUUCCAGGGGUGAUGUUCGGGGCACAGAAGAGGCGAUUCAAGUUCUACUGCGCAGAAUGCAGAGCGAGGCGCCGGGAGCUCGGGAGGAAGCUGAACUACUACAAGCGGUUCGGCUGCGGAGAGUGCGAAGGAUGCGUGUUGGUCGGGGACUGCGGCGUUUGCCGGGGUUGCCUGGUCAGAAACUCAGAGCCCACAAAGAACUGGAAGUGCGUCAAGAGGCGGUGCCAAAAGCUGAAGGAGAUAAAGGCAGAGAGCAGCUGCAGGAACACGACGGGGAAACCAAAGAGGAAGAUAAAAACGCAGCCGAUAAUUAAGGCAGAGGUUGUUGCAGAGGAGAAGCCCGUGAAGAAGGUGAAGUCACCAUUUCAAGAGCUAAAGAAAGCAAUGAAGAAAGUCAAGUCCGAGAGUCAAGUUGUGGAGAAGAAGCCUCCGAGGAAGAUAAAAACGCAGCCGAUAAUCAAGGCAGAGGUUGUUGCAGAGGAGAAGCCCGUGCAGAAGCCCUGCCCUCCAGUCGAGGAAGAGGAAGUACAGGAGCCUCCAAUCCAGUUGCUGUUCACACCUCCCUCUCCUCUCUUUCCACAGAAACCGUUCCUCAUAGCACCUGAAAGCCACGACCGACCCUCGGUGAUCAAAGAGACCAGCAGCGAGCAGACACGGAGGCAGCCGGUCGAAGUUCCACCCACGAUGGUGAAGCGGGACACGCCGGAGACUGAUCCCGAAUCCAUCCCAACUCCGAGGUCGAUCAGUGAAACAGAAGCAGCGCCGCAUCGGUCGGUUUCCCCCAUCAUCAAACAGCGGGACAGCAGAGAGAGGCACUCCAGCAGAAAGGCCCUGCUGCUCUCUUCCCAGGAAGCCGAGGCGAAGGACCUGUCCACUCGGAUUGUCCCUCCCCUAAUCCAAGAAGGGGCCGCCGAGCCAGCCAGCGCCAAUCGGCCACCCGCCUCACCCAAGAGAGCUGCGGAGCCGGAGAUCCGGGCUUCCGGAGUUCCGUCUAAUUCCCGGAUCAUCGGAGGGGCAACUCCGGAGCAAAACCCUGGGUACGGGCGUUCCACUCCUGCUGCGGGUGAAGCAGGUCAGUCAGUCCCGUCGCAAAGCCUGGAAGAGCUUAACGAUGAUCCCGAUGACGACAGCAGUUUGCCAGUGAUCACACAGAUCUUCAGCCUGGGAUCCCCCUACAUGAUGAUGACCCUGGAGCCGCUGCUGCGGAACUUCAUGCAGGAGCUGAUGGUGAUGCCGCUCCCGGCCUCCUGGGUGGUCUGCUCGUCGCUGGGCCCGGACGUGCAGCUCAUCCAGCUCUCCCGCAAGUCCCCGGUGUCCGACGCCGUCGUCCAGAUCCGGCCCGGCUUCUUCUUCCACGUGCUGGUGCGCGGGCUGCCCGUGCCCCUGGGCCACCGGCUGUACCGCAGCCACCCGGCCCAGCUGACCACCGUGGACGACGUGGUGGACCUGAUCAGCGACCUGGAGACCUACCGGGUGUGCGCCGGCUACCCGCAGCUGCGCAACGCCAAGCCCCCGCCCGCCGCCGUGGCGGCCCUGCUCCCUCGCGAGCGCUCCUCCUACUGCGAGGUGCUGGUGGACAAGGACCGGUGUUUCCAGUGCGCCAUCACCCUGUGAGCCUCCGACCUCUGACCUCGCCGCUCUCCCCCCCCCCCCCCCCCUCU